AUGGCGUUGAAGUUGGUUUCGGGGACUCGGAAUUAUUGCACCGGCGCCAUGAGAAUUGCAAAAAAAUGGGUUCUCGUGAAACAUUUCAAAGGAGAGCCCAAGUCAUCCGAUUUGAAAAUCGUCGAGGAAGAACUGCCGCCAAUAAAGGAUGGAGAAUAUUUGACGCAGGCAGAGUACAUAUCAGUCGAUCCUUAUCAGCGCCGGUACAUCACAAAGUAUCCCCUGGGAAUCACAAUGCUUGGGUCUCAAGUCGCUCAGAUAAUUGAAUCGAAGAAUCCAAAUUAUCCGGUGGGAAAGAGAGUCGUUGGUUGGUUGGGGUGGAGGAGCCACACUAUUCUCGAUGGAAAAGCUUUUCCUGGCGCCGCUGUUAUGGAUCAAAUCCCCUAUAUUAUUCCGGAUUUCGGGGAUCUUCCGCCGUCGCUCGCACUGGGUAUCGCGGGGAUGCCAGGAAAUACCGCAUAUUUCGGACUUCUCGAGGUAUGUAAACCGAAGGCAGGUGAAACCCUAGUCGUGACUGGAGCUGCUGGUGCUGUGGGCUCCCACGUGGGGCAAAUCGGAAAGAUCAAGGGCAUGAGAGUGAUUGGGAUAGCUGGAUCUGAGGAGAAAUGUCGAUGGUUGACUGACGAACUGGGUUUCGAUUACGCGAUAAAUUACAAAACGGCUAACAUCGGAGAAGAACUAAAAAGAGCGGCUCCAGAAGGCUUUGAUUGUUUCUUUGAUAACGUGGGUGGGCAGAUAUCCAGCACAAUCAUCUAUCAGAUGAAGCAGAUGGGACGUGUCUCGGUAGUGGGCAGUAUUUCUUCCUACAAUGAGGACGAGAGGGACAUAUCAACCCUUCCAAAAGCAACGAUCAUCCAGCCGGGAAUAGUGAGCGGUGAGUUGACGAUCAGAGGUAUUCGUGUGGCCUCCUUCCUCGACCGGUGGAUGGAGGGUAUCGAGCAGAACCUCCAGUGGAUCAGAGAGGGAAAGCUCCAGUAUCGGGAGACUGUCACCGAGGGAUUCGAGAAUACUUUUAAAGCGUUCACAGGAAUGCUGAAGGGGGACAAUUUCGGGAAGGCUAUUGUUAAAAUCUGAUUGGUGAUUUUCAUCUUGAUUUUUAAGUAUUAUAUUGAUAUUUGAAGACUUCCAAUACAGAAUGUAACCAUAAAAAAUUAUUCACAAAUUAUAGUCUCCCCAGGGA